UUCAAGUAUGUCCUAAGUACGCUGCUAGAAAGUACUCUAAGUCCGCUGAAACUUCACCCGCGAAAGCGACGGGUACGGGACGCGGCAGCCCCCGAGGGGUGGCGAUGCCCGCCGAACGCAUUCCUGGACGGCCUGCACCGCCGUGGGAGCGCAGCGCCCCUGUGGAAGCACCCUUGGGUCGGGUCCCUCCUCACGCUGCUGCAAAUGACACUCCCUGCGGAUCCAGGAAACGCUUAUGUCUGAAUAAUGAAACGAAAAAACGACGCCCGCCGAGGCAAUGAAAGCCGCCGGCCGGGGACCCGUCCCUAAGACUAGCGGCCGCCAUCCCCGGGCUUCGCGCAGCGCGCGCCAGCACCUUCGAGGUCUCGGAGCGCCUCCCUAAACAGCUCGCGGAGUCCUGAGGAGAGGGAACGGUGCUGUUAGCAGGACAGCAGGAAACGUUACCUGUGGUGGAACAAAGCCUAGCGCUUCGAUGUGGCACAUUUUCCCUCAGAAAGUUAAAUGCCACGCGGAAGCAAACGGCCGAGUUCCCCGCCUCAGCCGAACGCCCCUGGCAGGGUGGACUCAGACUGGACCCUGGCUGCAGGACCUUGACAAGAAGCGGUGACUCCCAGAGCCUGGGCCACCGACGCGGCGAGGGCGGGAGCCGAAGCGCUACGAGUACAGGAGAGACGCAGAAAGCUCCGGAGUCCGGGUGGAAGGAACCCCGGGUGGCCCCGCCCCCUGAACGGCCACGCCCCCGACCUAGCCCCGCCCCCAGACUGGCCCCGCCCCGCCAGACGGUUUGAUUAAUGACUCUCCCACUGCAGAAGGGGCGGCUCUGCACCGCCGCCUUCCUCAGCUUAGCCCCCGGUGCUGGGCGCUGACUUGUGCCCGACGUGUCUUCGCGGGCCAGGACACCCACGCGUGGCCAGGUGGACGCCUACCUAAAAAGCGAGAAACACCGCGGGUUGGAAGCAGCCCUCGGUGACCCGCAGGCCCUGGUCAAGCAGACCGGCUCGACGCCCUUGUCCACUCACAGUGCAGCCGAUCUCCGCUCCGCGGUUCAAGAAAGCGUGCGCAGUGCUGGACCCCACCAUGGACCGCGGCCGCCGGGCAAGCAGCCCGCCCAGCGCCUGCGCUGAGCCUGCGCCUCCAGCCUCCAGCACCCGAGACCCGAGCCCGGGGCGUCCCGGGCCAGCUGGCCCCGGGGUCUGUGCGCGCUCCGGAGGCGGGCGGCCGGCUGCAGCGAACGCGGCAAGGGAGCGCAGCCGCGUGCAGACUCUGCGGCAUGCCUUCCUGGAGCUGCAGCGCACGCUGCCGUCGGUGCCACCAGACACCAAGCUCUCCAAGCUGGACGUGCUGCUACUGGCUACCACCUAUAUUGCGCAUCUUACCCGCAGUCUGCAGGACGACGCAGAGGGGUCGGCGGACCCCAGUCUGGGCACCUUGCGUGGCGAUGGCUAUCUGCACCCGGUCAAGAAGUGGCCCAUGCGCUCAAGAUUAUACAUUGGUGCUACUGGUCAGUUUCUGAAGCAUUCUGUCGCUGGAGAAAAAGCAAAUCAUAACGGCACUCCAACAGACUCACAGCUUUAGGCUGUCUCCUGGUGGGAACUGGUAGAAGUGGUGGCUAUUGUUUUUAAGUACUAUGAAAUAAUUCUAUAUUUAUUACAAACAUAACAAACACCGUUUCUGAAAGUUCAUGCCAUAAUGUACAGUUAAAUUGUUCAGAUUUAUCUGUCUAAAACAUGCAAUGAGUCUUGUAUUAACCCACUGGUUAUCUAUUCAGAGUCACCGCUAAUAUAGUUUAAGAGAAACUAUUAGAAAAAAGAAAAGACACAAUAGCAAACAAACUACAUAUAUAUAUUCAUGCACACAUAUGAUUUCCAAAAAAUGCACACAUUUUCUGUAGUGUAUCUAUUAGAGGUUUAAAAGCCAACAUCCAUCAGUACACUCUUUCUAGUAUUUGUUUGUAAUGUAUCAGUAUUGCAUUUUUGUGGAAACCAGUUAUCUCUAGUUGGUCUAUGAAGCCAUUUCAAUUGGAAGAUGCAAGAUUAUUUAUUAAGUUUGGCUGUCUAUAUGUGUAAAUAUUGUUUCAGUAACUUCUGUAACUAGUUAUUUUUCCUUUCUAGAAAACUUGGACUGUAAGACAAGGCAUGGUCACCUUUCCAGACGUUCAAUCAAUAUUACAAGAUGCUCUAUAAGCCUCCAAGAUGUGGGAGGUACUAGAAAUACAUGCAGUCAGUGUGAAUAGCAGUCCAGAGGUCAUUGGGCUGCAGAGCUAUCAACCUUCCUCCCAGUCACACCAUAUCCACCCCAAGCUCCUUCAGGGUCUAUGCUAGAUACGCAGAUUUAUCUGUAGCCACCUUGAAAAGAUGGGAAUUUGCAAAACCUGUCUGGGGCCUUAAUUAAACUCCCAUGACCUUCCUUAGUCAGUGAUGGUGCCAGGCUCCUUCUUCCCUUGUCAUCUGCUGUUCAUAGUCUACCUCGUUGGCCAUUAUGAAAUGGGGGGAAAUCCUAUCUAAUUUUGGGAAUUCUGGCACUGAUCUGUGCCCUGAGGGUGUCUAAGGACCCCUCGGUUUUCCUAAAAUACUGUUUCCUGAAACUCAGUUUUCCUGAAACAUUUAGGGUUAACCGGACCCCCUUGAAUCUGCAAGAACAUAAAUCUCCAUCAGUAGGUCUUUCCCACUGCACACCAUUAAGUGCCCAGAGAGUAACAGGUCUGAUUUCACCACUGGUUUCAGUUUUCAGCAGGACCCUACCACAAAAUACUGUUUAGCAGUAAGGCUUUGCCUUUGACAAUAGUGUAAAAUUUCUUUUUACCUGGUUGCACAUGUUUUAAUGCCAAAGAAGUGUUAUUUCUGUCAUAGAUUAUCGUUUAAACAUUUUAUGCAAUUGCUAAAUAUGGUAACAAGCUUUAGUUAAUUGGAAAAUUUUGGAGAAAUUGCAUAUGGUAAGAGCUAUGAAUAGAGACGUUUAUGAGGAAAUACACAGAACCCUAAAACAAUGUAGAGACACCGGAAAAAUAACAACAUUAAUUACCUCUUUGCUGACUUAAGUUCCCUUUUAUCAUUUCUUGCUUUUCUUUUCAGUCUGUACUAUACUUUCCAAUGUAAAGUUAAUUUAUUUCUCAAUAAUCCAGUUUUUGUUCCUACUUUCUGUCUUUCUUUCUUUCUUUUCUUUUUUUUUUUUUUUUUUUUUUUUUUUUUUUUUUUUUUUUUGAGACAAGAUCUCAAUAUGUAAUACAGCCUGACUUUGAACUUACUUUGUGGCUCAGAUUGACCUUAAACUCAUGACACUCUUGCCAAGUGCUAGGAUUAUCAGCCUGUGCCACCGAACCUAGCUCAAUAAUCCAGCUUUAAAGAUUUUUUUAACUUUUUUUAUUUAAAGAAAGAAAAGAAAAUUUUUUAAAAGAGAAAAAAGGUAGGAUAUUACAGAAUUCAAAAAAAUUAACGUCAUAAACUUGCUAGUUGAUACAUUACAUAUUGUCAUAAAGAUGUAUUUUCACCUCAGUUUUCUUCCAGCUUUUGGUGGUGAAAUGAAGAUCAUUUGAAAGCAAGAACUAUCACUCAGUUAAUUCCGAGUCCAUGACUUUGUUUUGGCUCAUAGCCAAUGAUUUGUAAGUUCUAUUAUUUUAAUAUAAAUAUUCUUAAACUGUGACCAAUAAAAAGCUUUUUAUGUAUUAAUGUGUAACACAAACUAGUAUAUUUAAGUGUUUAUGAAUCUAUUUACCCACUCAUUUAACAUUAAAACUAAUAAAAAGUACAAAAAGAUUUAGAGUCAGCCCUUCGCUGUUAUGUUAUUGGCAUAAGAGGUGCUAGACAGUUUAUCUUAAGGAAUGAAAUAAAAACUUCUUUCAGGUUACCUCAAAUAGACCUGUGAAUGCUAAGUUUGAUGUAUGAAUUUCAGAAAAAAAUGAUUUGCUUGUUAACAGUUAUGAUCUAUUAGUUUGGUGCCAGCAAUUAAUUAGGGGAUUGGGGGAAAUGUGCUUUUGUUGAAUUAAUAGACUUUCCUAAGUCAUUCUGUUAGUAGAGCUUUGCCAUUAAUUAUAUUACUUUCUAUUUCUACUUGCCUAGCUACAAAUGUUUUAUUAUCAAAGAAGUAUACUUCUAUCAUAGAUUUUCAUAACAUUUUAUUAAAUUCUUGAAUGUACAAACAGCUAUUAGGAGUUUGAAAGAUUGAAGAGAAAGUCCAGUUUUCACCACAAGGUUCAAAAGAGCAUGCUGUUCUAAUUAAUGAUGCAUGAUCAACAUAAAAGGUAUUGUUAAAAUAAAGGACUAAUUUAAAAAUUAA